GCACAGAGGGCAGAUCUGACAAACUGCAGCAGAUAUUGACUUCAGCACAUCGUUUGCUCUUGCUAUGAGAAGGCCGUGUGUGUUUGUGUUGUUGGUGAGCGUCCUCGUCUGUCCGGCGGAUCUUUCUCCGGUGAUCGGGCCUGAACCCAUCCGCUGCGCUCCAUGCUCUCAGGAGCAGCUCGACGCCUGUCCCGCCGUGUCCUCGGACUGUGCGGAGGUCCUGCGAGAGCCGGGCUGCGGAUGCUGCAUGUCCUGCGCGCUGAAGAAAGGAGACUCCUGCGGCGUUUAUACGGCUCACUGCGGCACAGGCCUGCGCUGCGUCCCGAGACCCGGUGACCCCCGGCCGCUCCACGCGCUGACCCGCGGACACGCCGUCUGCACAGAGUACGACCAGACGGAAGAUGAGCCGGACGUCACGUCUGACCAGGGCUCUCUGCGUUACCUUCUGGGACUCAACAGGCCGCUGGACCCGCAGGAUGCGGCGGAGGCUCAGGAGAGCAUCAAGGCUAGAGUCAACGCCAUCAGGAAGAAACUGAUCCAACAGGGUCCGUGUCACACCGAGCUGCACGCGUCUCUGGACGUCAUCGCUGAAUCACAGCAGGCGUUAGGAGAGAAGUUCACCAGCUUUUACCUGCCCAACUGUGACAAGCACGGAUUCUACAAGGCCAAACAGUGUGAGACGUCUCUGAUCGGUCAGCCUCCGCGCUGCUGGUGUGUGUCGUCCUGGAACGGAAAGAGAAUCGGUGAUGAUCUAGCGUCUGAUUCGCAGUGUCAUCAGGAGCUCACGCACUGAACCGUCACACAACUACAGCUUCAGCUCACUUCCGUACCAUAUUUAUUCUUAUGUAUAUGGCUCUUAUGUGGUUAAUAUUUAUGAACUGGUUUUUGACCGAAUUUUAACAGAAUGAAUGUGAACGAGAAACAAACACUAGAAAACAUGGUGUUUAUCAAACUCCACCUCAGCGAGAUCCAGAUCUGGGUCUUCAGAAGCUCAAAGAUGAAUCGCUCCACAACGACGUUUGUUUAACAUUAACAUGCGUUAUUUAUGACGAGGCUGUGAUUCUGUCUCGGUCUUUGUUUGGUGUGGUUUUUCCUGACCACUUUAAUUCAUAACCACUUUUGCACAGCAAAUGUCUGAGGUUAACCUGUUUGGAUGUUAUUACUCUGUUAACCAUUUUAUUUGUAUUCUGUAAGCUAAAUUUUGAUUUGUUUGUUAUUUGAUGCAUUAUUGCCUAAUGUCUACCUCACAUGAUGUCUUUAUGGACUCCUUAAGCAUUUAAUGUAUUUAAGAGUGCUGCUGUAUUUAUUCUGAAACUAUUAUUUUAUUGAAUAUUAAUGCAAUGUGUAUAUAACCUCAAGAGUUUAUUUCAAUAAAGUGUUAGAGAUUGUA